UUUUAUUUUUAUAUAUAUAUAUAUAUAUAUAUAUAUAUAUAUAAAUAAUUUAUUUAUUUUUUUUAUUUUUAUUUAUUUAUUUUUUUACCAGUUUUUAUUUCCAAGGUUGGGGACAAUUUCAGAAAUUUGCCUAAAAUCCAUUAGAAGCAGGUCUGUGUUUAUGGUGUUUUGGGGCCUGUAGUUCUCUGACGAGGCCUUGAUCAUCCCAUGCAGUUUCUCCUACAAUUUCCAACAUUGUGUUCAAUUAAGCUUAUAUUGUUGCAACUUCAUUAUACAUUAUUAUGAAGAUUUUUAAAAUGCUUUUGAAAGAAGUCUCUUAUGUUCACCAAGGCUGCAUUUAUUUGAUUUAAAAGUACAGUUUUAUAGUACAUUACAAUUUGAAAUAGGCCUGUUUUAAAAUGUAAUUUAUUCCUGUGAUCAAAGCUGGAUUUUCAGUAUCAUUACUCCAGUCUUCAGUGUCACGUGAUCCUUCAGAAAUCAUUCUAAUAUGCUGAUUUAUGCUCAAAUCAUUUCUUAUCAUAAAUGAUAAAAAGCACAGUGCUACUUCAUAAUUUUGUGGAACCAUUGUACAUUUUCAGCAUAUAAAUGUGGUGAUGGUUUGAUUUAAUAGUCAGUCAGUCAUGCCCAGCAUCUCCAUCUCCAUCCCUCCUCCUCCUCCUCCAGCCAGCAGUGGCUUUGACUCGGGCCACAAAAGCCCACUUCGCAAACUCAACUGGGAGCGGAUCCCCAGAGAGCGCGUGGAGGGCCGUGAGAGUGUGUGGAGCAGCUCUCUGGAUGAGGACGGUGACCUCUCCAUCGACCUCAACUCUCUGAAUGAUCUCUUUGGGCAAAAAGAGGGCGGCAAGCAAGACCGGGUCGACGGCUUUCGGCGCAGCAGGUCUUCACAGGACACCAGUGUGGACAAAGUAAAAGCAAGUUCAUAUUGCAUCUCUCCGCACAAAGCUAAAACACUGCAGUGCUGUGGAUGAUCUUUCAAGCUCAUUCAAAGGCCUUUUAUUGCCACAAUAAGUGUUUUUGUUUCUUAUUUAUUUGUUUGAUAGAGCUGCAUGCUGUAUGAUAAUGAACUGUAUUUCAAGUAUUAGUUAGUCAUGGCGUUCAUUGCAAACAAAGCUGAUUUCAUUAAGAGAAAAGUGAGUAUGGAUUAUUUUUAAAUCACUGUCACAGUUUAUAUUUAUGAGCUCAUGACCUUUUUCUUUUGCAGGUUACUCUGAUUGACUCAAAGUGCAGCUUGAAUGUCGGCAUAUUUCUGCGGCAGUUGAAAAUGUAAGUUUUCAACUUUCAAACAAGAUUCAUAUUUCUGCUAUUUCAGUACACUUGCCCUACAGACUUCACUGUAAUUAAACAUAUUACUUUUUUUUUUUUUUUUUUUUUUUUUACAAACUGAUCCAUUGCUUUAGUUUGUCAGUUACUUCACUGCAACUGCUUGCUGUUAUGGAGGGUGUCGGGAUAAAAAGUAGAGCCCUUCACUCAUCCGUAUUCCUCCGCCAUGUGUUUCCUCUUCCUUCAGUGCUGCUAGGGAGAUUGUGGAGGAUGUGAGACGAGGAGCCGGAGAGCGUUAUGGAGCGGUGAAACUGGCUGAACUCUGCACGCUGCUGCCUGAUAAUGAAGAGGAGGCCAGGUUGAAAAAGUUCAGCGGUGACCGUAGAUUACAGGCCGAGCUGGAUCUCUUCGUUCUCUUGCUGGUGGAGUUACCCAGUUUUCACAUGCGUCUGGAUGUUAUGAUCCUCCAGCAGGAGUUUGACCCUGCGGUGACCCCUCUCUGUGUGACAGCCAGAUGUCAGCGAGAGGCGGCUCAAGAGCUGCCCCGAGCUUCACUACAUCCUGCGACUGGUGCUUAAGGCGGGAAACUACAUGAACGCUGGAGGUUACGCUGGGAAUGCUGCUGGAUUCAAGAUUUCCUCUCUGCUCAAACUGACCGACACCAAAGUCAAUAAACCAGACAUGAACCUCCUCCAUUUUGUUGCCAUGGAGGCUGUGAAGACUUGCUGAUGUUUCCCAGCCGCUUGGUCAGGAGCUUGUCAGAGUCUGCGGUGGAGAAUCUUUCUCAACUACAAAGCCGAGUCUCAGAGCUCAGAGAUCAGGCAGAUGCUGAAAUCCAGCUGCAGACCAGAACGUUUCUAGAGGUUGCGGAGGUGAGGCUGAAGGAAGCUCAGGAUGAGCUGGAAAGCUUACAGAAGAGCAGCAAAGCUCUGGUGGAGUUCUUCUGUGAAGAUGACAAGUCCUUCAAACUGGAGGAGGCCUGUCUGAUCUUCCACGGCUUCUGCCAUCGCUUCCAGAGAGCCGCGCGGGAAAACGCAGAGAGGAAGCUGCAGGAGCAGCGGCGUUUGGCACGUGAGUGUGAGAAUGUGCAAAAGCGUCAUUCCCUGGGACGACGUAUGGCACUGGAAGCGGAGCGGGACUCGUGCGACCUGGAGUUCGCGCUACAGAGGAGCUUCAGUCACACGGGGAGCCGCCGCAGUCACAGACACUCUCCGUACAUCCAGAGAAACAUGAAAUCUGACCGCCAACGGCACCCAAACUCAAACCUCCAUGUUCUCAGUCCCAGAGGAGUCGGCAGAGGCUCGCCGCUUAAAGGACUUUCCCUGAGGAAGAAUGAUGUCAACACUGAGGAAACUGAACAAGCUCAGUGUUUCAGCACAGAUUCAGCAGUGAACGUGCGUCGAGAUGCGAUGGCUUCACCAAACACUAUGAAAAGCCGUUCUAGUUUGAAUACAAAGACAGUUUCCAGUUAUAACGCUUCAGUUGCGCUACCAGAAACGAGUAACGCAUCACAUCAGCAAGGGGCGGGGAGCGUCUUGUCGCUCACAGGACAUUAUAAGAAGGAUUCCCAUCUGGUGAAGACACCCGUUGGAGGAAACUGCUGGUACCCCGAGGAGGAACCUCCAACAAGAGCAGGAUCCCAAAGGCAGAACCGUCUCCUGCAGACGCUUUGUUCGCUAGUCACAUAUUGCGCCCUUCCCCUGUAUGUCCCACAUCCAUACGCACAUCUCUAAUGUCACGCUUCACUGCUGUCCAAAUGAACUCAAACACAAUGGUGGUGCGCGGCAGAAGGUAAACGCCCCGUCUGAUACAGGAAAACUGAAGGGUAAUGCUGGUGAGAAGUUGAAGCAGGACGAGGACGAGCGUCUAGAGCCCAACUCUGAAUCCCAGACUCCCCUCUCCAUACACAGUCCCGCCACUGCUACGACUGCAAAGACCGUCUCUGUUUGUGCCUCACUUUUCAAGACUUUGCUUCUGAAACUUUCGGGAGAGUCACGUCCAGCACUGUGUUCGGCUGCACGUUCUACCUGUGAAGAGCAGGUAACGCUGUGUCAGAAGAGACGUUUGGCACAGUUCCUGCCACAACCUUCUGUCAGUAAUACACAUUAUAAUGUUAGCUCUUUAUCACAAGACAUUUUAAUUAAUGUUGAAACAACAGAGCUGUCAAACAGACCACAGUAAGUGACUGAAGUGAAGAGUCAUGUGAUGAAGGACAUGAACCUCUGUGGUCCGCUUGAUUUUUAACUUGCUCUUUGAUUCAGGUCAAAUUGACACUGUACUUUAGUUACAGGAACACAAUUAUGAUGUUAAACUUAAAUGAAAAUCUGAUGUGUAAUAAUUCAAGAUCCCAAAGCAAGCAUGUUGAAGUAAAAUUGUGAGUUCAGUUUCCAUUUGUACAUGUUGAGUUUCUUCAACUUUGAUGCACUUUACAAAUGAAAGAGAUUUAAUGUGAUAAUCAGCUGCACUUCUGUGUUUUCUCUCUAUGAAAUGUUAAAUUAACAGAAUGUAAUAUUUGUAUUUGUAAAUGAGAAUUUGAAAUAAAGGCUGAAUUGAUUGUUACUCUGUUAUUUGACUGUACUCUGUUUCGUCAGCAUUGUGUUUUUGAUAGGAUAAUUAGAUGUCAAUGGACGGGUUUAAACUUUACGUUUCGGUGAAAUAAAUGUCAGCAUUUGCUUCAAAAUGUAUUACUUUUGCACAAGAGGAAAUGUUAAUAACUGUAAACAAGUGCAAAACAUGAAAAUAUUCCAGUAUAUUGGGGUUAAACAGUGUUUGUUUGUAAGAUACUGCUCUUUCUCAUAUAUAUUUACAGUUUUACUUGUACUUAAAUAACAUUAAUU